AUGGGCUUCGCUUUGGAGCGUUUCACCGAAGCCGUGGACCCCGCUUUCCAGUGCCAGCUGUGUGACCAGGUGCUGGAGGAGCCCGCGUGCACGCCUUGCGGCCACGUCUUCUGCGCCAGCUGCCUGCUGCCCAGGGCAGCGCGGAGACGCCGGUGCCCGCUGCAGUGCCAGCCGCUGGCGCCGGGCGAGCUGUACCGGGUGCUGCCGCUGCGCAGCCUGGUCCAGCAACUGCGCGUGCAGUGCGACUACAGCGGACCGGGCUGCGGCCACACCGGGCAGGCAGGAAGCUGCCUGCGCACGUCCAGCGCUGCGCCUUCGGCCCUGCCAGCGGCUGUGACAGCCACUGCCCAGGCGGCUGCGGAGGCGGCGAGGAGGAAAGGCACUCGGCGACUAAGACCUGCCGAAGUGGGGACACGCGUGAGGGGCCACCCGGACCUGGGGGUCGGCCUCUGGUCGUUGCCUGGGCAGGCGCAGGUCGGUUUGUUGGAGCGCAGGUACCAGGAGAAGUUGGCUCAGUACAUGGCGCACACGCCCAACUUCGUCGGGGACCGAGGAGGCCGCGGCCAGGAUGGAGAACAGAAGCUGUUCACCGUUGUGUUGGAAAGAGAAGACGAUACCUUGGGAUUCAACAUAAUAGGCGGCCGCCCAAAUCAGAGUUCCCAGAAGCAAUCGGCACCUGAAGGAAUUUACGUUUCGAAAAUUUUAGAAAAUGGACCUGCAGACCGAGCAGAUGGCCUGGAGAUUCAUGACAAAAUCAUUGCAGUCAAUGGCAAGGAUCUCUCGAAGGCCACCCAUGAAGAGGCAGUGGAAGCUUUCCGAACCGCCAAGGAGCCCAUAGUGGUACAGGUGUUAAGGCGGACUCCCCUCAGCCGACCACCAUACGGCAUGGCCCCGGAAGUACAGCUCAUGAAUGCCAGCACACAGACAGACAUCACUUUUGAACACAUCAUGGCCCUGGCAAAGCUUCGACCACUCACCCCUCCGGUGCCAGACACCUGUCCGUUUCUGCUUUCAGACAGCUGUCAUUCCCUGCAUCCGAUGGAGCGUGGAUUUUAUGAAGACCACGAGUACGUUUCCAGCUUGCCCGCUGAUGCAGACAGAGCAGAAGACUUUGAAUACGAGGAAGUCGAGUUGUGUCGUGUUAGCAGUCAAGAGAAGCUGGGCCUGACAGUCUGCUACCGAACCGAUGAUGAAGAAGACACAGGCAUUUAUGUCAGCGAGGUUGACCCAAAUAGCAUUGCUGCCAAGGAUGGUCGCAUUCGAGAAGGGGAUCGUAUUUUACAAAUAAACGGGGAAGACAUCCAGAACCGGGAAGACGCUGUGGCUCUGCUCUCGAGUGAUGAGUGUAAGAGGAUUGUGCUGCUCAUCGCCAGGCCCGACUUGCAGCUGGAUGAAGGCUGGCUGGAAGAUGAAAGGAACGAAUUCUUAGAGGAGUUAAACUCGGAGAUGCUGGAGGAAGAGCGUAACGAAGGAGCGCAGUGCACAGCCAAUGAGCCGCAGCAGCCAAAAAAGCAGGAGGAAGAAGAAGGCACAACAGACACGGCCACAUCCUCGUCCAACAACCAGGAGAAGGACAGUGGCGUGGGGCGCACAGAUGAGAGCUUGCGAAAUGAUGAGAGCUCAGAGCAGGAGAAUGUGGUCGAGGAGCCCCACAGCACAGCACUGAAGAGCAAGAGAGAGCUGGGGCAGAGCCAAGACACCCUAGGAAGCAUUGAGCUUCAGUGCAACCAGAGCUGCGCUGUGGGUGAGUGUUUGGACUCCGACUGUGCCAGCAACCAGGAGGUGUGUGAAGGAUUCCAGCAGCUAUUGGAGCUUAAGAUCCGAAACCAUGGAGAUUAUGACCUGUACUACUCAAGCAGUACGAUCGAAUGCAAUCAAGGGGAGCAGGACGGGGUGGAGCAUGAACUGAAGCUGUUAAACGAGGAGCUACGAAACAUUGAGCUGGAGUGUCAGAAUAUCAUGCAGGCCCACCGGCUCCAGAAAGUGACGGACCAAUACGGAGACAUCUGGGCAUUGCAUGAUGGAGGAUUCCGAAAUUACAACACCAGCCUAGAUAUGCCAAGAGGGAAACUGGACGACAUCAUAGAGCAUCCGGAAAAGUCAGACAAGGACAGCUCAAGUGCAUACAAUACAGCCGAGAGCUGCAGAAGCACCCCACUGACUGUAGACAGGUCCCCGGACAGUUCCCUUCCAAGAAUGAUCAACCUCACCAAUAAGAAAAAUCUGAGGAGCAUGAUGACAGCCCAUCAGUCCCCUUCCAGACAGAGCACCCGGGAAUACACGGCUACCAAAGUCAAAACCACCGAUGAAGGUUGCAGCGUGGAAAGCCUGGAGAAGAGUCUAGAAAACAGCCAGUUUCUGGAUCAGGAGCACACAGUCAGUGAGCAUACUCCAUACCUCUCUCCUUACCACAGCUCCUCCUACAGAUAUGCCAACAUUCCGGCGCAUGCCCGGCACUAUCAAAGCUACAUGCAGCUAAUUCAACAGAAAUCUGCCGUCGAGUAUGCCCAGAGUCAGCUCAGCCUGGUGAGCAUGUGCAAAGAAUCGCCGAGGGGCUCAGAGCCCAAGAUGGAAUGGAAGGUAAAAAUUAGAAGUGAUGGGACCCGGUACAUAACCAAGAGGCCAGUGCGAGACCGACUUCUGAAGGAACGUGCCUUAAAGAUCAAGGAGGAGCGGAGUGGCAUGACCACAGAUGACGACACCAUGAGUGAGAUGAAAAUGGGGCGCUACUGGAGCAAGGAGGAGAGAAAGCAACACCUGGUCCGGGCCAAGGAGCAAAGGCGGCGCCGGGAGUUCAUGAUGCGGAGUCGGCUGGAGAGCCUCAAGGAGAGCCCACAGAGCAGCGGCGAGGGCAAGAAGGAGCUGAGCAUCAUUGAACUGAGCCACAAAAAGAUGAUGAAGAAAAGAAACAAGAAAAUUUUGGAUAACUGGAUGACAAUCCAAGAACUGAUGACCCAUGGGGCCAAAUCCCCGGAUGGCACAAGGGUCCACAAUGCCUUUCUGUCAGUGACCACCGUAUGACCAGACACUUGGGGACAACUGGCUUAGAGAGCAUGCUACCAGUUUCGGUAGAGUAUCAUUGCCUCGUUCAAUGUGGCAUUUUUAUAUAUAUUUUGUGACUUUACAGUUUAAAUUUUUUGUAAGCAAAAAUACCUGGUACUUUUUAAUUUGUUUUUCAUAUGCUGGUACCUUCUUUGGCUAAUAUCUUUCCUUAACUUGUGAUAUAUUCAUAGCACACAUUUAUAGAAAAAAAAUAAAACGAUGAAAAAACAAAAGGAAAGAAAAAAAAGAUGAACAAAAAUACUAAGGACCUAAUUAAUUUCCUAUUUUAAUGUAUCUAUUGUAAGUUUAAAAAAAGUCUGGAUUUAUUUCUCUAAUUUUCUUAUUUCCUAUUUUAAUAAUUCAAUGCCAAAACGUGUCUAUGCUUACCUCCUGGCAUAGUGUAUGCUAAAUCAGAUCUGCUAAUAAACUACAUGCCGUAUCUUGUCUUAUACAUGAAGUAGCACCUCCUUCAACAUCCUUCUGUACAUUUAAACACAUAAAUGGCAAUCGUCUUUGUCUCAGUAAAGUGUGGGUGGACAAUCUUCCCGUGAUAUGUAGUGACACUGGUCAUGUAGCUAGAUAAUUGUGGUAAUUUGUGACAAUAAAAAAUAAUAAAUUAUUGAUUAUCCUUAAGAAAAGUUAA